CUUAAAAACUCACUCGACGCAUCUUCUUCUCUGAUGGUGACAAGUAAAUGCAAAAUGUACAGCUCUUUAGAAUUCGGAGGAGAAACCACCGGUAAAAGCACACGCCCAACCAUUACCCUCUCUCUGCGUCGCAAUCUCACAGCUAUCUAAUGAUGAAGGAACUCAAUUUCUCUUCUAUGGUUCGCCUCAACAUCGGAGGGAAGAAAUUUUGCACCACUGUUGAUACUUUGACGCAGCGUGAACCUGAUUCAAUGCUUGCUGCGAUGUUCAGUGGUCGCCAUACGGUUUGCGAAGACUCUGAGAGGGGAUACGUAUUUGUUGAUAGGGAUGGAAAACACUUUAGGCAUAUACUGAAUUGGUUGAGGGAUGGCGUGGUUCCUAAACUUACAGAUGCUGAAUAUUCAGAGCUUAUGCGAGAGGCAGAAUACUAUCAGCUACUUGGCCUGAUUGAGGGAAUCAAUUCAGUCUUGAACGAGAGAAAGGAAGGUGAUGAAGAUACUGAAUUGACACGGACAGAUAUCAUCAAGUGUAUACAGUCUGAGAGAGUCCGAUUCCGAGGGGUUAAUCUUUCUGGCCUUGAUCUUUCUAAACUGGACCUUUCAUUUGUUGACUUCAGCUACGCAUGUCUUAAAAAUGUGUUCUUUUCACGUGCCAAUCUUCAGUGUGCAAAAUUUCGGGAUGUGGAUGCUGAGGGUUCGAUAUUUCAUAAUGCAACUUUACGAGAAUGUGAAUUUACUGGUGCAAAUCUUCGUGGAGCUUUGUUAGCUGGUGCUAAUCUUCAGAGUGCAAACUUACAAGAUGCUUGUCUGGUAGAUUGCAGUUUCUGUGGAGCAGAUCUCCGCUCUGCACACUUACAGACUGCUGAUCUCACCAAUGCCAAUCUGGAAGGAGCUAAUCUAGAAGGAGCCAAUCUAAAGGGCGCAAAGCUGAAUAAUGCCAAUUUAAAAGGUGCAAAUCUUCAAAGAGCUUAUCUACGACAUGUCAAUCUUCAGAACACACAUUUGGAGAAUGCAAGGCUUGACGGUGCCAAUUUGCUUGGAGCAAUUCGAUGAGAUUGGAGGAAAGCUGGGACAUCCAGAAUGAAUGAAAAAAAAGUAUACUCAUCCUCGUGUGUGAACUUGUUGCAUAUCCUUCCCUCCUUAUCUUCUGGAAAUAGAGUACUGUAUUGUGAAAAGGGGGUGCAAAUUAUGGAUGGUUUGAUGAAUCAAUUUGAAUGCAUUGUUCAUAUGUGGCUUGUACAUAAGCAUUGAAUAGAAGGCUAAAUAAUUUGCCAAGAUGCAAUGUUAAAACACCUAUGUUCAUGUCCAUGUGUUGCAUGUUAAUGUUACUAGCGACAGCAUUGCUUUCUUAUUGAGCU